UCUACUUUUACACUAGACAUCCAUCCUCCAGAAUCACUACCACCUCACCAUGACCAUCACCCUCCCAUCCAACGUGCACCAAGUGCACAACACCACCUUUACAACUCUCCUCCAAAGCCUCCGCCAACGCGACCUCAAGCCCUCUACCGUCCGCUCCCUGGUCCGUGAAAUGACGAUCACCCUCUCUAAAUCCAUCCAUCUCGACACCACCGCCCCCGACGAAACCGUAGCCGUGAUCGUCGUCCUCCGCUCCGGGCUCGCCAUGUUCGAUGGCUUCAUUGACAGCUUGCCAGAGAGCCUCUCGACCGCGAUCUACCACCUGGGCAUUUUCCGAGACCAAACCACGUUGCAGCCGGUGGAGUAUUACAACAAACUGCCUCUCAAGCCGGCGCAGAUCAAACAGGCGGUGGUGCUGGAUCCGUUGAUUGCGACGGGUGGGACAGCGGCGGCGGUUGUGGGUAUCCUGGAGGAAUGGGGCGUGGAGAAGGUGACUUUCCUGUCAAUGCUCGCCACACUAAUGGGGUUGUCUCACGCGGCCGAGGUGUGGCCGGAGGGGAGUCGGUUUGUGGUGGGCGCAGUGGAUCCGGAGGUGAAUGCGAAGGGGUAUAUUCAGCCCGGGGUGGGAGAUAUCGGGGAUCGGCUGUUUGGAACGAUCUUCUGAUCUUGGUCGCAGAUAGUAAAG